CCUAGUUAUGAAACGUCAACUUUGAUAAAAGUGUCAAAGUCCAAUGGUCCAAAUCUUGUAAUAUCUUCCAAAUAUUCAUUUAUUUAAUUCCUUUACAACCUUUUUAUUGCAAUGGCUCGCGUUUUAGUUGGAGUUAAAAGAGUCAUCGACUAUGCCGUUAAAAUUCGUGUUAAACCUGACAAAACUGGAGUCGUUACCGAUGGAGUGAAACACUCGAUGAACCCCUUCGACGAAAUUGCCGUCGAAGAAGCUGUUCGCAUGAAAGAAAAGAAACUAGCGUCUGAAAUUAUCGCUGUUUCUUGUGGACCAACACAAGCCCAAGAAGUCAUCAGAACUGCCCUUGCUAUGGGAGUUGACAAGGGAAUUCACGUCGAGGUUUCAGGGGCCGACUAUGAAACCCUUCAACCGAUCCACGUUUCAAAAAUCUUGGCCAAACUUGCUGAAAAGGAAAAAGCCGAUUUGAUCAUUGUUGGCAAGCAGGCAAUUGAUGACGACUCGAAUCAGACAGCUCAAAUGACUGCUGCUGCUUUAGAUUGGCCUCAAGCUACGUUUGCUUCAAAGAUAGAAAAGGGUGAUAAAGAAAUCACUGUAACCAGAGAGGUUGAUGGGGGCUUGGAGACGAUUAAAUGCAAAAUGCCGGUUGUGAUAAGUGCCGAUUUGCGUUUGAACGAGCCUCGUUAUGCUACACUGCCAAAUAUCAUGAAAGCAAAGAAGAAGCCCAUUACUAAAAUGACUCCUAAGGAUUUAGGAGUUGAUGUGUCUCCUAGGAUCAGUGUUGUCAGUGUGGAAGACCCACCGGUGCGUCAAGCUGGAGCCAUUUUGCCCGAUGUGGAUGCUCUUAUUGGAAAAUUGAAAGAAGGUGGUCAUGUUUAAGUACAAAUGUGAUGUUAGGUGCAACUGUAAAUUUUUAUAAAAGCAUAUUUUUACUAAGAAACAAGUUUUUCUUUAUUCAGCUUUACACAACAGUUAAUGCUUUAUUCUUAUUGUACCAAGUCUAUGCACCAAAAUAUAGCAAUAAUAAACUA